GGAAGAAGCUGAAGAAAAAAAAGGGGGCGUCUCCUCUUUAAAGACUUGCAGAGAUUGAGAGCGAGAGAGUCAGGGACAGGGAGUCAGAGAGUCUGUCUCUGGGAAGGGAGACCGUCUCUGCUUCCCCGGGAUUCGCACUCGGGGGGGAAGCAUCAGUUGGCUCCAGAUACCAGGGGGAGACUGGGGCAGGUCACCCCGGUUAAGACGAAGUGAGCCUUGCCCCUCCCUCCCCCACCUCGCUUUGCCUGGGAAUGUCUCGGCGGCGAAAGCAGAGGAAACCCCAGCAGUUAAUCUCGGACUGCGAAGGUCCCAGCGCGUCUGAGAACGGUGAUGCCAGCGAAGAGGACCACCCCCAAGUCUGUGCCAAGUGCUGCGCACAGUUCACUGACCCAGCUGAAUUCCUGGCCCACCAGAACGCGUGCUCUACUGACCCCCCUGUUAUGGUGAUCAUUGGGGGCCAAGAAAACCCCAACAACCCUUCUUCCUCGGCUGAACCUCGACCGGAGGGCCACAGUACUCCCCAGGUCAUGGACGCAGAGCACAGCAACCCCCCGGAUUCUGGGUCCUCCGUGCCCACUGAUCCCACCUGGGGCCCAGAGCGGAGAGGAGAGGAUUCUGCUGGGCACUUCCUGGUCGCUGCCACAGGUACAGCAGCCGGGGGAGGUGGGGGCCUAAUCUUGGCCAGUCCCAAGCUGGGUGCAACCCCCUUACCUCCAGAGUCCACUUCUGCACCCCCUCCUCCCCCGCCCCCUCCUCCACCCCCGGGGGUCAGCAGCGGCCAUUUGAACAUCCCUCUGAUCCUGGAAGAGCUGCGGGUGCUGCAGCAGCGGCAAAUCCAUCAGAUGCAGAUGACGGAGCAAAUCUGCCGGCAGGUGCUGCUGCUUGGUUCCUUAGGCCAGACGGUUGGUGCCCCUGCCAGUCCCUCCGAGCUACCUGCGACAGGGACCCCGUCCUCUACCAAACCCCUGCUACCCCUCUUCAGCCCCAUCAAGCCAGUGCAAACCGGCAAGACAUUGGCCCCUUCCUCCUCCUCGUCCUCGUCCUCCUCCUCCUCCUCCGGGGCAGAAACACCCAAGCAGGCUUUUUUCCACCUCUACCACCCACUGGGGACACAGCACCCCUUCUCUGCCGGUGGGGUCGGGCGAAGCCACAAGCCCGCCCCUGGCCCUUCUCCUGCCCUGGCAGGCAGCACGGAGCAGCUGAUUGCCACACCUCACCUGGCAUUCCCAGGUACCACGGGACUAUUGGCAGCACAGUGUCUGGGGGCAGCCCGUGGCCUUGAGGCUGCCGCUUCCCCCGGGCUCCUGAAGCCAAAGAAUGGAAGUGGCGAGCUGGGGUAUGGGGAGGUGAUAGGGCCCUUGGAGAAGCCCGGUGGGCGGCACAAAUGCCGCUUCUGCGCCAAAGUGUUUGGCAGUGACAGUGCCCUGCAGAUCCACCUGCGUUCCCACACAGGCGAGAGGCCCUACAAGUGCAAUGUUUGUGGCAACCGCUUCACCACCCGCGGGAAUCUCAAAGUGCACUUCCACCGGCACCGGGAGAAAUACCCGCACGUGCAGAUGAACCCGCACCCGGUGCCAGAGCACCUAGACUACGUCAUCACCAGCAGCGGCUUGCCCUAUGGCAUGUCCGUGCCUCCAGAGAAAGCCGAGGAGGAGGCCACGCCAGGUGCAGCUGUUGAACGCAAGCCUCUGGUGGCCUCUACCACUGCCCUCAGUGCCACCGAGAGCCUGACCCUGCUCUCCACCAGCGCAGGCACGGCCACAGCCCCCGGGCUCCCUGCCUUCAAUAAGUUUGUGCUCAUGAAAGCCGUGGAGCCCAAGAGUAAGGCUGAUGAAAACACUCCUCCAGGGAGCGAGGGCUCGGCCAUCACCAGCGGGGCCGAAAGUGGCACCGCAGGCCGCAUGCAGCUCAGUAAGCUGGUGACUUCGCUACCCAGCUGGGCCCUGCUUACCAACCAUUUCAAGUCCACCGGCAGCUUCCCCUUCCCCUAUGUGCUGGAGCCCUUGGGGGCGUUGCCCUCGGAGACCUCGAAGCUGCAGCAGCUGGUAGAAAAGAUCGACCGGCAAGGCGCCGUGGCUGUGGCCUCGACUGCUUCAGGAGCUCCCACCACCUCCACCCCUGCAGUCUCAUCCUCAGCUUCGUCCGGACCUAACCAGUGCGUCAUCUGCCUCCGGGUGCUGAGCUGCCCGCGGGCCCUGCGCCUGCAUUACGGCCAACAUGGAGGUGAGCGGCCCUUCAAGUGUAAAGUCUGCGGCAGAGCCUUCUCCACCCGGGGCAACCUGCGUGCACAUUUCGUGGGCCACAAGGCCAGUCCAGCUGCUCGAGCGCAGAACUCCUGCCCCAUCUGCCAGAAGAAGUUCACCAAUGCUGUCACUCUGCAGCAGCACGUCCGCAUGCACCUGGGGGGCCAGAUCCCCAACGGGGGCGCCACGCUCUCUGAAGGUGGGGGAGCAGUCCAGGAAAAUGGUUCGGAGCCACCUACAGGCUCUGGGGUAGGGAGCUUCCCCCAGCAACAAGCCCAGCAGCCGUCCCCAGAAGAGUUGUUGUCCGAGGAGGAGGAGGAAGAGGAGGAGGAAGAGGAGGAUGUGACCGAUGAAGAUUCCCUGGCAGGGAGAGGUUCCGAGAGUGGCGGUGAGAAGGCAGUGUCCGUCCGAGGGGAUUCCGAAGACGCAUCUGGGGCCGAGGAAGAAGUGGGGACCGUGGCCACAACGGCCACCGCUGGGAAGGAGAUGGAAAACAACGAGAAAGUCUCUCCCCUGUCUUUGCUGCUGCCGCCGCCGCCGCCACCACCACCUGACAGCCUGGAUCAGCCACAGCCCAUGGAGCUGGCGAACAGUGAGGUUGCAGGAGGCGCGGAAGAGGCAGGCAAACCCGACAGGAGCUCAAGCCCAAUGCCAACACUCACUCCAGAAGGGGACGGCACCGGCCCCAUCCUGGUAGAGGGGCCAGGCGUGCAGGAAGCGAUGAGAAAGGAGCCAGGUGAGAGCGUGAGCAGGAAGGCCUGUGACCUGUGUGGUCAGACCUUUCCCACUCAGGCAGCUCUGGAAGAGCAUCAGACGACCCACCCCAAGGAGGGCCCUCUCUUUACCUGUAUCUUCUGCAAGCAGGGCUUUCUGGAGCGGGCCACCCUCAAGAAGCACCUGCUGUUGGCUCACCACCAAGUGCAGCCCUUUGCCCCCCACGGGCCUCAGAAUAUUGCUGCUCUCGCCUUGGUCCCCGGCUGUGUACCCUCUAUCACCUCUCCAGGGCUCUCCCCCUAUCCCCGGAAGGAUGACCCCACGAUCCCAUGAGCCUGUUUCACAGUAUCUGCUGGUCGAGGAGCGCAGAAAGUCGGAGCUCCAUCGCAGGCGCUUCAAGAUGUAGGAGCUCGGGUUUGUCCCUUUCUCUGAGUUCUUACAUAGUAUGUCCCUAGUGUCUUUUCUCUAGUCCCUGAGCUUGGAGAUUGUUAGGCUCACCGGGGCCACCCCAUGAGGAAUCCCCACCCCCACCCCUUCAAGGUUUAUACCUGAAGAAAAUAGAUUCCCUAGAGCUCUCACACACCCAAGAGGAACCCUCUCCAGCUUCCCUGGAGCAAACCUUUCGCCCCUCUUCUCCCUCCCUCUCCCUUUCCUGUGUGUACCUGAGCACCCACAUUGGGACCUGUAGCCCAGCCACAAGAGGCUGACAUUUGCCUCUGGAGGGCCCAGCGCCACUCCUCUUCGAUGACCAGGUCAACCUGCAGGACUGCAGGUUCCACGUGACUCCUGCCUGGCUGGCAGGAAUGGAUCCCCUCUGUCUUGAACCAGCACACAGCUUUUCAUCAAGUGGCCUCCCUCCAAGCCCUGAAGUUCCAGCUCCUCUUCUACUACCCCAGGCCCGGCACUCCCAGUACUCUGGAUCCAAGAACUGGGAAGGUGCUUCCAAGAACGGGAUCCAGAGAGGCCAACUAGAAGACAAACUCCACUUUUUUCGGCCUUCCGUAUCUGAGGCAGAGCUUGAGAAGAGAAGUAGCGACCCGCUACAUUCCUUCUUCCCCCUGUUCCAGAAGGUCCCGGCAAUGACGAUGCUACAGUAACGGAUGGCUCAGCCCUCUGGAGAAGGAGAGACAAAGAGUAUAGGGCACUCUUUCUGUAAACUCCUGAUGGUCCCGUGAAGGCAAAGGUGUUGACUGACUGACUUGCCGAGAUCUCUCUACCUGCUCACAUUCUGUCAUCCCAGGAAACAAGCAGAUUUCUUGCUAAGAGGUUUCCUGUAAGAUAUUUUGGGAAAUGUGAAGUGAAUUCAUUUUCUUUAAGGAACAGCAUUGGUGAGGGUGGUUGGAGGAAUAGUGGAGAGUUUAGGGGUGCUGCCUAAAGCCUAGAGCUUUGUGGAGAUCUAUGUGAUGAAAGGGGUGUGGUGUAAGGGCGAGGCCUCCAAAUUCCCAGUGGGUGGGUGUCAUGAAUGUUUAACUUCACGGGUGCACCAGGUUGGGGGGGGGGGGUUCCUUGCACUAGUGUUCUAGUUUUUAGAUAAGUCCCUCCUUAUUCCCUGCCCCCUCGUAAUUUCCUUAUCUUCCUAUCUUAAGGCCCCUUCCUUCUCCCCAUUUUGCCUGUUUAUGAACUGGGGCUGUGUGUCCCACUGUCUGGUUCUGAGAGUCCCAGGCUUUGGGAGCUCAACUCCAGGUGGUAGUCUCCCUAGUCCGCCGUCUUGUCAGGAGAUGUAGGAUUUACCCUUAACAUAGGAUUGUUUGGAAGGGGGGUUCUGAGGAGGAGAAAGUGAUGGUUGUGUUGUACUGGCUUAAAUGAUGACUUCUCCUCCAGAGGUGUAGGCUCCAAAGCUUCCUAACAUAGUACAUUGUAAAGAGCAGACAAGGGAGAUAUUAGUGUCUUUCCCUCUAUCAUUAAAGGUGUUUUGACCACCGA